AUGGAAUAACUAUAUUCAGUUAGUGAAACAUUCACAUCAUAUUUUGGAAACUUCUAUGAUCAAAGAAUCUUAAUCUCGAUUUAUUUGUUGUUUCCUAUCAUUUUGAUAUUCUUCUUUCUCAGUCUCAGGUAAUUAUUUAUAAUAAUGUAGAGAUUUAGAAAGACUUGAAAAUUAGGAGAAAUAUGAUAUGACACAUACUCAUUAUUAGCCAAAUAUUUAUAAUAAUUUAGUAUUUUAAUGGACUAAGUAAGGAAUUUAAAAUUUGAAAAAUGAUGAACGAUAUAUUUAAUGGUAAAUACAAAAAGAGAGAGAAUUAGAAUUAAGAUCAUAAGAAUCUAGCAAAUUAUCAUUUCGAUAAUAAUAACAAUGA